GUCAAUUGUCAAACAACAAAAUUUUUUCGUAUGCUAAAAUCGCCGUGAAUUCCCUUAUAUUAGUUAUUGUUAGUGUAUAUAAUUAAGACUGUAAUAUAUAUAACAUUAUUUACGUUACUAUUGUGUGUUUAAGUUUUAUUUUAAAGUUAUGUGCGCCAUGAUGGUGGUAUAUCGCCGCGGGCCUAGAGCCAUUUUAUGAGGAUUAUUUUGUAUCUAAUAAAGAUCCUGAUGGGGGCAUGACGAGUUGAUUUUGGUUUAAACAUCGUCAAUAGAACAUGGAGAGCAUGUACCAGGAGCCGAAGGUCGAGGAUGAGAUGUAUCCGCCAAAGUUGGAGGAGCACUUCCUCGACCCUAAGGAGGAGUCUCUGCCAGAAACAUACGACGCCAAGCAGGACGAGGCGGAAUACGACCAACAGAUGGACCUCACCAUACCGCGACCCGGUCCCAUGCCAAACAGACCUCCCACCAAGUUCAUUAGCGUCACGAGUUCAGCUCUCACCGAGGAACAGCGGGCGAUGUACGAAUCGGUGCUGUCGACGUGGAAGCCGAUCAUGUUCCCGAAGCGAACAAAACGGUAUAUAUGUAUGAAGUGCAAUAAGGAGUUCAAGAACUACCAGAACCUGUACCUCCACACCACCAGGGUCCACUCCUCCGAGGAGUCGGCCGUCAUUUGUGAUAUAUGCGAUAAGACGUUCAAGAAUAAACACUACCUGUACAUGCACAGGAUGAACAAACAUUACUCCGACUCCGAGAAAUGUUACUGUCAGUUCUGUCUUCAGGAGUUCAGGACGAGGAGGGCUCUCCACAUGCAUAUAAAGAGAAUACAUCCCAACACGCUGCCGGAAAUUAAGUGUCCGGAGUGUGGCAAGGAGUUCGCUGUCCCCUAUAAGCUGCGGUACCACAUCGAGAACUGCCAUCGGCCGGAUAAGGAGAAGUACAAAUGCCACAUUUGCCAGAAACUGUACAAGAGCCACCUCAACCUUAACAGACACCUGCAUUUCCAGCACUCGCAGGUCGAGAGACAUCCUUGCGUGUUCUGCCCCAUGACCUUCAAAUCUCGCCAUCACAUGAAGAGGCACAUCCUGAACAUACAUCCGCCCCUGGAGUCGAAAGUCACUUGCCCCGAAUGCCUGAAGGAAUUCAAGAACGACCAAUACCUAAAGGAGCACAUGCAGGUCCACACGUCCAUGGAGAAGAAGGUCAAGUGUGAUCUGUGCGAUAAAUUCUUCCACUCGGCCGUCCGUCUGAAGAAACACAAGAAGAUCGUCCAUCCGAAUAAACCUAAAAUAAGAUGCGAAAAGUGCAACAAGGAGUUCGCCCACGCCCACUACCUGAGGCGGCACAACAACUCGGUCCACGUGGAAGUAGACGAGAGCAACUACCAGCACGAGUGCGAGCAGUGCGGGAAGAAGUUCAAGAUAAAGAGAUAUCUGAACAACCACCUCCAGAGACACGAGCAGCAACACCUCAAACGGAUCUCGCAGAUGGUGAAGACGGUCAUGGACGACGGAGAGGCGACGGACAAGGCGAAGAAGAGGGGGAGACCGAGGAAGACCAGGAAAGAGAUAGAGUUCAUCAAGUGCGAGCCCGUGACCAGCAGCGACGACGACCUGGACACCGGCUCCGACACCGAGUAGACCCUGACACAGCAUUUCAGCAAGCUUAGACCGCUAGAUCCAUCGUCACUCGCUCGACGUUUAUACACGAUUUGAUGUUUUUGGGGCCAUCCAUGAAGCACGUCACACGUCAAUGGGGAGGGGGGGUGUGACCGAAGAGUGACAUCGUGUGACAGGGGACAGACAUGCAUAAAUUUGAGAAAUGUGUGACGUCACAUGGGGAGGGAAGGGUUAUAAUAAUGUGAAAACCCGCGACAAGGACGGGGGAGGGGUGCGAAAGUUCUAAAAUUCGUGUGACGUAGCUUACGGAUGGCCGAUUUUAGGUAAUGUGGCUAAAGGGCCGUGGGUUAUGUAGGGGUUAUAGAUGUUCGGAGUUAGGAAUUGACUAUAUUUUGUCACUCUGGUUGUCUUCUCACUGGUUCUUAGUCGUUAGUUAGCCGGUUCGUAACGUACACGUGGUCGUCGUCCGGGAGGUGAUCGCCGUAACGUCGGCACUCGCCUCACUCUUGUGCCGCCGAGGACAUUUUCUUUGUGUAUAUAUUUUUUCUUAUAUAUAAAAUAAUAGAAUAUUAAUUUGUUUGUUAAGUCGUUAAUGUUUAAAUUUGACAUACUUUAUGUUCGUGGAAGGUUUUAAUACAAAUUAUUUUUAUCUGUAAAUAAAAUUAUAUAUACAUACACAUAUAUAUAUAUUAUGAAUUUUUAAAAUAAAUCUUUUUCCUAUAAAUAAUUAAUUAUUUACUCUGUUAUGAGACGGUUAUUUCGUAGUCUAACCUCGUUGUCUGUGUCCUGUAUAUAGGCGAGCGGCGGAACGGCCGCUUGUGACUUGUCGUAACUAUUUUCUUUGUACAUAGAACGAAUAUUCUUGAAUUUUUUUAUAUAAAAUUUUAACAUUUAUUAGCGAAUCGUUGAAAUUAUUGUUACUCGACAGUUAUUGGUCGCAGCGUCGUGGCGGGAGUGCGAGGCUUUCUUAACGGAUGACUGCGGAUCCGGCAGAGUUUUAUCAAAAUCGAGACGCUGGACAUUGAAAUUUUGUUGCACAUUCCUUCAUAUCAGCUUAUGUAAUAGGUUUUUGGCCAGUUUAGAAGUUCAAUGACCUCGUUUUAAGUAAAUCAAAUCUGUUUUUCUGUCGGCUUUGUUAGUGACGCAGCCCUUAUUGUAAAUAAGUCUCCCGACACUUUCUUAUUGUGCUUGAAGAGUUUAAAAACUUUCAUAGUAUUAAGUUUGGAACUAUUUUAUAAUUAUUAUUUUUUUGUAAAUAUCACGAGAUCUUUAUAGAACUCAAUAAAGGGUUACUUGA